UCAACAGCUGCAGAGCGGAGCAGGCUUGGCUCAUUCCUCUGACCUGCCAGGAAGCAGAGCCUCCCAGANACCAGGCAGAGGCACUCAAACCUGACCUCCAGAGGACGGCGGCAGACAAGAAUCGCAGCUGGAAGAGCACUCCUUCAACCUUCUCCCUCCUCAGUCUUCCUUAACAUCCCUUUUGGGCCAAAGUCCCCGGAAUUCACCUGGAGGUGCCAUCUCUCUCUCAAUCCCUGGGGCUCAAGCCCCCUUGGGGGACCUGCAUCCCAGCAUGUCGGUAGCUGUGGAGACCUUCGGCUUCUUCAUGUCAGCCCUGGGACUGCUGAUGCUGGGGGUGACCCUUCCAAACAGCUACUGGAGAGUGUCUACGGUCCAUGGCAACGUCAUCACCACCAACACCAUCUUUGAGAACCUAUGGUACAGCUGUGCCACCGACUCCCUGGGAGUCUCCAACUGCUGGGACUUUCCGUCCAUGCUGGCCCUCUCUGGGUAUGUCCAGGGCUGCCGGGCUCUCAUGAUCACCGCCAUCCUCCUGGGCUUCCUGGGCCUCUUUCUAGGCAUGGUGGGGCUNCGCUGCACCAACGUGGGCAACAUGGAUCUCUCCAAGAAGGCCAAGCUGCUGGCCAUUGCAGGGACCCUCCACAUACUUGCUGAUCUCUAG